AAGCCUUAUUACAUGUCUGUGGGCACCAAUCGCACGUAGCCAUCGGCAUCGGUUAAUUUUGUAAACACUCGUGUUGCUUACGUGAGAAACGCCGCCUGAAACUUGUAUUUACCAACUUGCUCUCGAAAACAAGCAUGUGCCUUUAAACCAGGCUCAUAGCGAGCUAUUGGGAGCUUUAUAUCCUGAACCUUCUUGGUCACGCUCGCGUUGAGGACAUGAAUCCCGCCGCAGUGCCUACCCCCGGCGAGAGCUCGGACGAUGACGACCGGUGGAUGUCAGUGCACAAGGUGUUCCUGACCGAGGGUGCAGAAAAGGAGCCGGAUGUGGUCAUCUUCGGAGACUUCACGGUAGCAUUUCUUCAGCAGUCCGAGGUAAACGAGCCUUCUUUGCAGCUUUAUAUUACUUUUGUUCUGUCAUGUGGGAAGAUAAAGCAAAUGUUUGCUUUCUGGCAGGUGUGGGAAAAGUUGUUUGCUCCUUUGCAUUGCCUCAACUUCGGCAUUCCUGAAGAUCGGACGCAGAAUGCGCUGUGGAGGAUUGAAAAUGGCGAGCUGGACAACGUCGGCUCCAAGGUGGUGGUGCUGUCUGUUGGAUGCAACAACUCUGGCGACAGUCCAGAGGCAGUAGCAGAAGGCGUACAGGCCUGUACAGAGGCCAUUAGGAAACGUUUGCCCAAUGCGCAGGUGGUUGUGUUGAAACUGCUUCCCUGCGGCCAGAAAGCCAAUGCGCGGCGGGAACAGAGGCUCCAGGUGAACAACUUGCUGUCACGGGCGCUGAAGGGCCAGCCUGGCAUUCAGCUGGUGGACCUGGACCCAGGGUUUGUGCGUCCCGACGGCACCAUCAGCCACCACGACAUGUUUGACUUCAAUCACCUGAGCAAGCAGGGCUACAAGGCCGCCUUUGAACCCCUCGCAGAGCUGCUGGCCCAGCUCUUGAGGGAAGCCGCAGGGGCAGGCGACCCCGUCUCCACUCCCCAGGACGACUGAGGACGCCACGCCCCUCGCCUCUCUCCCUGCUGCGUCGUUCCACCUCGCCUCGUUCGCUCGCACGAGGCUUUGGAAGCCUGUCACGUGCACAGAUGGACAUUUGGGAAGUUGUGGGCGUCGCUCCAACCACUCCUGUCGAGUCCGUCGCUUCGGCUGAAUUGUCACAAACGUUUGCAUCAACUAGAACUUUCUGAUUUGGAUAGAGGGUGUGCUACUUCUCAGUUAGGCUUUGAAGAUAAGCUGGCAGAAUGUUUCUUUUCAGUCCUGACAAGCAUCCAGAAUGUUGCUAAUAUUUUUAUCUUGCUUUUUUUUUAUUGUUGCAGUUUCUUAUUUUUAUCUUUUCCAUGGGAAUUACUGUAGCAAUUAAAAGUGGCAUCACCUGUGUGCAUACAAUUAAUUUUGCAAAAGAUAAAAUUUUGUCAUAUCCUUACAUUGUUUCAUUUAUCUUAAGAAGUUAAUGAAUAAACAUAAGUGCCUCAGAUUGUUUUUCUCCAGACUUGUGUAAAUUAUUACUUCUUUUCUCAUGUACUUUUUAUUGCAUUGAAGCUCAUAGCUUACUAUGGGCUGGUAACACAUUUUUUGUCACACUUGGGGUUGGUAACUGCUUGCUGUUUAAACAAAAGUUGCAAAUGAAUGAAACUAUACACAUUGGUGUAUAUUUCUUGGGAGAAGAUGUUAAAAUUGAAAUGUUGUGGAAAUAUAUAAUGCUAUUUUUUGUCUGAUAACUGUUACAAUUUAUUCAAUUGUGUAAAUGUUUGUCACUCACUGGUGAAAGCUAGUGGACAGCCAUACACAUAAGUUAAACGUUUUCUUUAAGUGGCACAUUUUCUGCUUUACCUCGCGUUUCCUCAUGGCGUUUUGCGAAGUGUUGUUCUGUGACUUGGCCUUUUGCACUGUUAAAUGGAUGGGAAUAAAAAUUUCACUACGAGUCGCA